UCCUCCCCACAGGUCAGAGGUCCCAUCGCCUAGCACACACAUUUGCAGACAGCGGGAUCCUCAGGCCUCUACCAUGUGGGCCCCUGCCUCCGGACCAUGCCCUUCUCCUCACCUGCUGCUGGCUCUGCUGUUGGGACUCACAGGUGUGGCCGGUGAGGCGGGGCUGCACGUGAUCCAGCCUGACAAGUCAGUGUCUGUUGCAGCUGGACAGACAGCCACUCUGCGCUGUACCGUGACCUCCCUAAUCCCCACAGGGCCGACUCAGUGGUUCAGGGGGACAGGGCCAGGCCGGGAGUUAAUCUUCAGUUUCAAAGGAGGCCACUUCCCCGGAGUAACAAAUGCUUCAGACGCCACAAGGAGAAACAACAUGGACUUUUCCAUCCGCAUCAGUAACAUCACCCCAGCAGACACCGGAACCUACUACUGUGUGAAGUUCCAGAAAGGGACCCCUGAUGUGGAGUUUAAGUCUGGACCAGGCACCCAGGUCACUGUGAGUGCCAAACCCUCUCCCCCCGUGGUGUCCGGCCCCACGGCCAGGGCCUCGCCGGAGCAGACAGUGAACUUCACCUGCAAGUCCGGCGGCUUCUCCCCCAGAAACAUCACCCUGAGAUGGUUCAGAAACGGGAAUGAGCUGGCAGCCUCCCAGACGAGCGUGGACCCAGAGGGAAACAGAACUUCCUACAGCAUCUCCAGCACAACCAGGCUGGUGCUGUCCCCGGGGGACGUUCAUUCCCAGGUCAUCUGCGAGGUGACCCACGUGACCCUGCAGGGGAGCCCUCCUCUUCGUGGGACUGCCAACCUGUCUGAGGUCCUCCGAGUUUCGCCCACCUUGGAGGUUUCCCAGAAGCCAGUGUCAAGAGACCAGGUGAAGGUCACUUGCCAAGUGAAGAAGUUUUACCCCCAGCGCCUCCAGCUGACCUGGCUGGAGAACGGCAACGUGUCCCGAACAGAAAAGGCCUCAAGGUCCUUGAACCUUGUAAAGAACAAGGAUGGGACCUUUAACUGGACGAGCUGGCUCCUGGUGAACUCAUCCGCCCACAGGGAAGACGUGGUGUUCACCUGCCUGGUGCAGCACUACGGGCAGCCCGCGGUCACCAGAAACCAUACCCUUGUGGCCUCUGCCCACCAGAAGGACCAGGAGCCAAGGCCAUUUACUCCAUUCCUGAUGGCUCUCAGCCUGGCCCUGAAGCUGUUGCUGCUCAUCACUGUUUCUGCCAUCUAUGUCCACAAGAAGCGAGCGCCGGAUUGUGUCCCAGGAGGAAAAUAGCACCGAGGACAUAAGAGACACGUGGGAAACAUUUCUGGAAUGCUGAGCAGAUAAUCAACUGUGAACAUGGGUCCCACAGCUCCUCCCUUCCUCCCCUACUACUUGCCACCCUCAGUCUCUGCUCCCUCCUUCCUUCCUUGAGGGCCCAGGCAAAGACAAGGAACAAGGAGAAGCUUCCCCAACUCUGCCCCAAAUACCUUGCUUCCUCCAGAGACCCACCUGCCCACAGUCCCUUCUGAUCCUUCUCACAAUCCUUGAUGCCCCCAGAGCUGGGUGUUCACAGCAUGUCCUCAGCAGGGGUCAUGGGAACUUGCUCUUGGGACUGAUGCAUGGGUAUCUGCCUGAAUGUAAGAAACAAGUCACAUCUACGUAUACCAGGUGCCUCUCAUUCAUAUUCUGGGGACUGUGGCCUGAACUUCGUGCUCAUAUCCAUGUUCUUGGGAUUUAUUUCUGCCAACCCCCGACAUUCUAGCCUUGUUGAGUUUCUUCACUGGGUUGUAAAUAAAAGGAAUCUGUCGUGAAAAGAAGGGCCAUCUGUACCCCAAUGUUUAUAGCAGCAAUGGCCACGGUCGCCAAACUAUGGA